UUCAGGUGUUUGUGUCGUGUUCCGUGACUCUGAGAGAAGAACGCAGCGUUUAAAUGAGCGGAGCCGGAUCCUUGUUGCUGCCCGAGGUCUCACCUGAGCUCAGGUGUUCUCCGAGAAACGCGCCCGGACUCUUUUUUUCUUCACUUUUAGAGGAUUCAUUGGUUUAUUUAGUUUAAAAAAAGAAGAAGCUGCUUCCUGAUUCUGCGGCUCCGCUGCUUCAAACUAAACAUCACGAUGCGAGAUGUUCGCCUGGAUGAGAGGACGUGUAGAAACGGUUCCGUGCUGAGGUUGUGGUGCGGUUCUCAGUCUUCAGUUUGUUCCAUCUACACACAGAUGGACCCGAACGGCACCGAGAUCUCAGGUUUACACCCUGGUGAACACACACACACUGAAUCUUUGUCUCCAGAUGAACAAACGUACAGCGUCUACAACCUGUGGCUCGGCCUGGUGCUCGCCCUCAUGUCGGCCUUCCUCAUUGGCGGGAGCGUCAUCCUCAAGAAGAAAGCUCUUCUCCGAUUGGCCAGCACCGGUCACACCAGAGCAGGUGACGGGGGUCAUGGAUACCUGAAGGACUGGCUGUGGUGGGGAGGCCUGUUAACCAUGGGAGCAGGAGAAGCCUGUAACUUCGCCGCCUACAUGUUCGCUCCGGCCACGUUGGUGACGCCGCUGGGCGCCCUGAGCGUCCUCAUCAGUGCAGUUCUGUCCUCCUACCUGUUGGGGGAGGUGUUGAACGUGGUGGGGAAGCUCGGUUGUCUGCUCAGCGUCCUGGGCAGCAUCUUGUUGGUGAUCCACGCGCCACAGGAACAGGAAGUGACGUCAUUACAGGACAUGACCAAUAAGCUGCUGGAGCCUGGUUUCCUGGUGUACGUGGUCGUGGUGCUGGUGAUGUGUGCGGUGCUCAUUCUUUAUUUCUGUCCUCGGUUCGGUCGAACCAACAUCCUCGUCUACAUCAGCAUCUGCUCGCUGCUCGGAGCCUUCACCGUCUCCUCCGUGAAGGGACUCGCCAUCGCCAUCAACACCGUAUUUUAUGACGUGUCGGUUCUUGCAAACCCUCUCACCUGGAUCCUGCUCCUCACCCUCAUCGUCUCCAUAGUAACACAGGUGAACUACCUGAACAAGUCCCUGGACACGUUCAACACCCUGCUGGUCUACCCCAUCUACUACGUCCUCUUCACCACCGUGGUUCUGUCCACCUCCAUCAUCCUCUUCCAGGAGUGGAGGGGCAUGUCGGCCGUGGACGUCGUCACCACGCUGGGCGCCUUCCUGGUCAUCGUGGUGGGCGUGGCCAUGUUGCACCUGUUCAGAGACCUGCAGCUAACGAUGAAGCAGCUGACCAAUCAGCUGUCCCAGCCGGUGGAGAGGGAGGAGCUUAAGGAGGAAGUAGUAGCCAAUAGAGGAGGAGGAGGAGGAGGAGGAGGUCAGAGUAAGAAGGAGGAUAAAUACGGACUGAUUGACAACAUGGUGAUAGAGAGUCUUCCUCCCAUGAGGGACGAAGGACCCAGAGUCUUCAUCAUCAGCUGAGACGCGUCGGUUUGUUUCCUGUCGGGACUCGUCCUCACUCAGGACUGUUACUGUGACGUUCUGCACUUUUUAUUUCAUUUUAUUUUUUAUUUUUUUAAAGAUACAGGCCUCAGGUUUGACGGCGUUUCAGCUCGUUAUUAGAUAAAAUCAUAAAAAUGACUCAAAACAUUAAAACACAGAUUUUCAUCUGAAAGUAGACAAAGAAACUAAACACAGAGAAUAAAAAUAGAAAUAUCAGAUUCAAACGAGUCGAUAAUUAAAUGUCUCUGUUGCUUUAGAGAUGUUUGUGGAUCCUUUUCCAGCAGCUCUUUGUCUGAGCUCCUCACAAAGCUCCUUUGUCCGUUGUCAUCACACAUUUCGACACAAACACGAGACUAAUCCCUGAUUCAUAGAAACUAUGGAAACACAUGGACUGUUUACACCUCACUGAUCUGUAAUAUUGGCUCAUUUUCCUGGAUACACAAAUACACAGUUUGAAUAUUUCUCUUUGUCUAGUUUCAGGGUUUGUGUGAAACAUUCACAGACGUUUUGAGUCAUUUUUAAGCAGAAGUGCAUUAAAUCCUGAUGGUUUGUUACAAACACACUCAGGGAAAGUUGUUGUGACGACAAAGGGAUGAAAAGUUGAACUAAUUGAUCGACACAAACGCAUGGAUCCUCUAACGUUUACCUGAAGGAAACGAGGUCCAGAGUUUGAUUCCUGCAGCUGCAACAAAUGUUUUAAAGAGAAAUCUAUGAUGUAAAUACUGAUUCUGUCUAAAAUCUGUUUGUAAAUGAAAACGCUGCUUAACGCCGUCAAACCUGAGGCCUCCUCCUCCAAAGGAAGGAAAAACAAACAUUUUGUUUUCCAGAAGGUUUGCUUCUGUUUUUGGUUCCAGUAAAAUCAGCAGAGUGAGACGUCCGAGCUCGUCGUGGGUUUGAAGCUGAGCUCCUCUGAGCCGACGCCGGCGUCCAUGAAGCAGACCAGCGUCCACUUCCUGUUUCUGCUGAAGACGCUUCAGCUCAUGAAGCUCAGAGGAAACGAGUCAAAAAAACGCUCGAACAAAAAUGUACACGUGGUAUUUUCGCUGUUUGAGGUCAUUUUUAAACGUCCUUUAAUCAUUUCAGGGAAGAACUGUUUUUAUAGUAUUUUAUUUCUGUUUCUUUUGACUCGUUAAAAUAGUUUUAUCACGAUAAACGCGGCGUCUUUCAGGAAGAAAUGAAAAAAGGAGACAAAGCUGUAUGUUGCUCUGGUGUAAAUAAAAUAAAAUAAAAUAAAAUAAAAUAAA